GAGCGAGAUGUGGAGAAGCGGCGGAUGCGAGUGCAUCAAAAGAAGUACUUGGAGGCCUUGGCUACAAACUUUGGGAAGAGUGAAGGUCAUGUGGCUACUCCUCUUCCCUCAGGGUUCAAGUGUGUGAAAGGACCAGCGGAGGAAAGUGUUGGUGAAGAGGAGAGGCGCCGUUUUCACUCCUUGGUGGGCAGCCUCAUGUAUGCGGCCGUUCACACAAGGCCGGAUGCAGCCUUUGCUACCGGGCAGCUGGCCAGGGUUGUCCAAUGCCCUAAUGAAGAGCAGCCAGCUGAUAUGAUGACCAAGAGGCUGGUUGAGCAGCAACAUUGGAAGUGUUGCAAGCUUGCUGGGAUGGCUCUGAACUAAGGGGAGCAGAUUCUAAGGCCAA